CAGUCUACCCUCCAUUAGUCAGCAAUAUCUUCACUAGUAAGAUGGUUUCCUCACUGCGAUGGCUCUUAGCAAACAGGAAUUAUUUUAUCAUCUAUCUGACACCUCUGCUACUUAUAGCACUGCCACUUGUGGUGGACACAAAGGAAGCAAAAUGUGGCUUUGUAAUGAUCAUCAUGGCGAUAUUUUGGUGCACAGAAGCCCUGCCUCUGGCAAUCACAGCACUCUUUCCAGCUGUGCUGUUCCCAAUGAUGGGUAUCAUGGACUCAACAGAGGUUUGCAAUCAAUAUCUGAAGGACACCACUAUGCUUUUUAUUGGGGGGCUGUUGGUGGCAAUUGCAGUUGAGAAAUGGAAUUUGCACAGACGUAUAGCGCUGAGGGUGCUGCUGAUCGUUGGAGUCAAACCUCCUCUCCUGCUUCUCGGAUUCAUGGCAGUUACAGCUUUUAUAUCAAUGUGGCUAUGUAAUACAGCUACAACAGCCAUGAUGUUUCCUAUAGCACAAGCUGUACUACAACAACUAGACACCUCAGAUGAUGAGUUAGAAGAAUGUAAAACUGACAGCAAGAACAACAUAAAAAAGAAAGAAAGUUAUCUAAAUGGGACUGAAAACCAAGGGCUUCCUGAUGGGACAAUGAACCAGGCCUUUGAAUUAAGCGCUGAUGAUCCUACUCUAACCAUAUCAGAUAAAGAAAGUAAAGGCAUAAUUGCUAUGAAAGUCAACACAGAAGAACUGAAAAAAGAGAAGCAAAUACAGAAAAAGCACAAACAGCUUUGCAAAGCAUUGAGCCUUUCUGUCUGUUAUUCUGCAAGUAUUGGGGGCCUUGGAACAUUGACUGGCACCACACCUAACCUUGUGAUGAAAGGACAAAUGGACGAACUCUUUCCCCAGAACAACAACAUCGUCAAUUUUGCCUCAUGGUUUGGCUUUGCUUUCCCCGCAAUGAUUGUGCUACUUUUUCUCUGCUGGAUCCUACUACAGGUCGUGUUCUUUGGUGUUAAAUUCUAUAAGAAUUUUGGUUGUGGUUGGAACCCAGAAGAAAAGGAAGAAGAAAAGCGAAUGUUUCAGGCCGUGUCUGCACAACACAAGAAGUUGGGUUCUAUGACCUUUGCAGAGAUCUCUAUAUCAGUGCUGUUUGUUUUGUUAGUGCUAUUGUGGCUUACAAGAGACCCAGGAUUCAUAUCAGGCUGGGCAACUGUCAGCUUCAACCGCAACAAAAACUUUGUUACAGAUGCAACAGUAGCCAUACUUGUGUCAGUCCUGAUGUUUUUCUUCCCCUCUGAAUUACCCUCUUUGAAGUGUGACAACACAGAACAUAAGACAAAGGCACAUGGGUCUCCUCCUAUACUUGACUGGAAGACAGUGAACCAGAAGAUGCCUUGGAGUAUUGUCAUCCUGCUGGGAGGUGGCUUUGCUCUGGCCAAAGGCAGUGAGGUAUCUGGAUUAUCAAAAUGGCUGGCAAAAAGCUUGGCCCCAUUGCAGAGCAUCCCUCCUGCAGCCACUGUAGUAGUGUUGUGCCUUCUUAUUGCCACCUUCACUGAAUGUACAAACAACGCAGCGACUACUACACUGUUCCUGCCUAUUGUAGCAUCCAUGGCGAAGGCGAUUAAGAAGAACCCAUUAUAUGUCAUGCUUCCAUGCACACUAUCUGCACAGUUGGCUUUCAUGUUGCCAGUGGCCACACCACCUAACUCAGUAGUCUUCUCAUAUGGGCAUCUCAAAGUUAUUGAUAUGGUCAAAGCCGGAUUCGUCCUAAAGAUACUUGGAGUUCUGACCAUCACGCUGGCCAUCAACGCCUGGGCUUUUCAAAUAUUUGAUCUGGGUACUUUUCCUUCCUGGGCAAAUGUCACAAGUCUGCAUUAAAAUCAAUUACAUUUAAGAAAAUAAAAUAAUAUUCAUUAAAGGGACACUAAACCCAAAUGUUUUCUUUCAU